UACGACAAGCACAAGAAAUCUAUAAGCAUUUGAUGCAGAAGUAGUAAAGUGAAUAAUAUAAGUGUCCAAUCCAAUACAAAGAAAGUGAGACGUUGUGAAAAUCGCCCAUAUGGGGGUGUCUGUGACGUUUCCUGGUGGAACACAAAUCGUCGAAGGGUUGUUAAAAGUAAAAAUGACAGUGAAACUUGAGAGAAUAGUAUGCUACUUUUAUUAAGGAAAUUUUAGGUUAAGCGCCUUCCGAGACAUGAAUCAACGCCCAGAACUUUCAGAGCGAUUAUCUACAUGUCCUUUGGUAAGACUAGGUCAAAACUCUGGAAAACAAGCCAUCGACAACAACUCGAAAAUCCCAUCAUCCUAUAUAUCUGAAAAUUUUAACUACCAUCCGUUAUAUAUAGAUACAUACGAAGAAAAUUCGGAGCAAAAGUAUGAAAACAAACAACUACCUGUAGAAAAAUCGCAAAAUUUUAAUUAUGUGCAAAACUACUAUCUACCCGAUUCCUACAACAAUGAGCGACUGAAUGACAAUUCCCCCUAUUCAAACAAAGAUUCAAUAGAGCUAUCUUGUUUCCCUUUAAACGAACAUUACUGGGAUCACGAUAAACACAGCAAAAUAAACAACAUUGAAUCCGCCAAUCAAAAUGUUUUCACCAAGAUCCAAGACACCAACUGUCUUCUGGAUAACUUCACCAGGCUAGGAAAGUCCAGUCCCAGCUUAGAUCAGGGAUACCACACUUUGGUAACACCCAAUCAAGGUCUAAUCACCCCAACUUUUUGGAACACAAACCUUUAUAAAGGUAAAAAGUACCAACCAAAAAACAAUUCGUUUGACAAACUCCCAGAUGAAUUAGUUGUCAAAGUAUUUUCCUUUCUAACCAGCGUCGAUUUAAGUAUAUGCGCACAGGUCUGCAGAAGAUUUGACAUUCUAGCCUGGACACCAUCUCUUUGGAGGGUGAUAACAAUAGAAGAUGAUAAUAUCAGUGGUGAUAAAGCUAUUCGCUGUGUGUUGCGACAACUCUGUGGACAAGGAAAGACUGGAGCAUGCCCCAAUGUAGAGCGAAUACACAUUACCAACGGUGCUAAGUUGUCAGAAAAAAGUUUGAUACUAUUAGCAAGAAGAUGUCCAGAAUUAACGCACUUGCAACUGCAGGGUUGCACGAAUUUAACUAACAGUGUCAUAUUUGAGAUUGCCACAAGGUGCACCAGUUUGCAGCAUUUAGAUAUUACAGGUUGUACUAAAAUAUCGUGUAUAAGUAUUAAUAAUGGACUACAAUCAACAAGAAGACUGCAACUACAAUAUUUAGACUUAAGUGACUGUGUUGCAUUACAGGACAGUGGAUUAUUAGUAAUUGUUCGAAAUUCGCCAUUACUAGCCUAUCUCUAUUUGAGAAGAUGUGUGCAGAUAACCGAUGCGGGUCUCAAGUAUGUGCCAAGUUUUUGUUCAGGUUUGAGAGAACUCAGCGUCAGCGAUUGCUCCAAUAUAACCGAUUUCGGCCUAUACGAAUUGGCCAAAUUAGGUGCUACAUUACGGUACUUAUCAGUAGCAAAAUGCGAUCAAGUGAGCGAUGCAGGACUCAAGGUUAUAGCGAAAAAGUGCUACAAACUAAGAUAUCUAAAUGCAAGAGGCUGUGAAGCUGUGUCCGAUGAUGCAAUAAAUAUACUAGCACGAUCGUGUACGAGGCUUAGAGCUUUGGACAUAGGAAAAUGUGAUGUAAGCGAUGCAGGUUUGAGGUCUUUAGCGGAAAGCUGCCCUAAUUUAAAGAAGCUCAGCCUUAGAAAUUGUGAUUUAGUGACUGAUAGAGGAGUCCAAUGUAUUGCGUAUUAUUGCAGGGGAUUGCAGCAACUCAAUAUUCAAGAUUGUCAGAUAUCCAUAGAUGGUUAUAGGGCUGUUAAAAAGUAUUGUAAAAGAUGUGUAAUAGAACAUACUAAUCCUGGUUUCUUUUAAGUCUAUAUUUAUGUUAUUUUGUAAAUUAAUCGUUG